UGAAAAAGAGUUCCAGGGUGAAGAGACCAGUGCUGCGUGUGUCUUUACCUUUCUCGUACUUAGAAAAGACCAUCAUUUGCAUGGUUGUUUUUAACCUUUUUUUUUAACCUGAUGGACAAUUUCAGUAUUUUAACUGCAAUCCUAGAAAAGUUUUGUUAUUCAUUUUUAGAGGCAUGUCAGAAACUAAACACAAGUGGGAAAAGUACUGGAAAAUGCUUGAUAUCAAGGAGGACAUUAACGGUCUUGGAGAGGAGACGAGAAGAAAUACCCAGGAGGAAUGACAUCAUCGUGGGAAGAAGUUUCUUUCGGACGGGAUACACAAACAGAAAGUGGAGAGGAUUUUCAAAGAUGGAGGACACAGGAGAAGAGGCGGUACAGGAUAGGAGGAGCGGAAGGACAUAAGAUGGCGUGAGGACCAAAGCCGGUGGUUGGUUUGAUCCGAGCCACGUGUGCGUUCAUCUACGUCUCCUCACCACGUUAUGGAUGUCGACGAAACGUUGGGUUCUUCUAAUGGCCGGUCUCUCUAGUCUUAGACCAGGUAGUUCAUCGAUCGGUGUAAGGCAGGUUUGCGGCUUAGGAAUUGGGAGUAAAUGAACCAAGCGAUGCACCAACAAGGCAUGAAACUAAGAAAAUGACUGUGAAGGCCAACGGUACUUGAACGAACAAUCUAGUAACGAUCUACCAACAAAGGUCAUCAUUCUGCUCAAGGAUGUGGUUCACUCUGGGAUUCAGACUGAGAAACGAGUCCUUCCUCCUGAACACAUGGCACCCAUGAAAUCCGCGCUGUCGCCCUCUCCAUCAUUGGCCAUGAGUGUAACUGGAAGCUGAUAGCAUGUGACCAACAGCACCCGGGAACCCAGCAUCACGCUGCGACACCACCUUGAUAAAACCUCCGCCAGGAAAAUGGCCGAUGCAGGUUUUCGGUUUUGGAACGAGGACAACAAGUUCCAGCAAGCAGAUUUGCUGACGUCACCAUUAGCAUCACUCCAUCUCAUCGACGAAAAGACCGACCAAAUGGGGGAUGAGCAUGGACCACAUUUUAUAUGUUCUCCGAUAACAUCAUCCGGCCAAUCACAAAAGGAGGCUGCCAUAUCUUCAGCUCCGUGCUCUCAUCAGUCACUAUCAUAUCAAGAGACCGUGCAGCCUGGGAUGAGCCGAAAUGACAGCGAGGCUCAGUCUCCCACUUUGACAGCAUUCAUGCAGGAUCUUUCCACAUUUGCCGCUGCUGAUGACGACGUGUUUCAAGACUUAGGAAACAUCCCCAAGGAAGACGAGAUCCCGCCCAAGAACAUCAUCACCACAGCAAUGGCAGCAUGUGAUGCCUGCACUGAGCAAAAACAGCUGGCUGAUUCAGAGUGGUACUGGGGCAACAUCUCAAGAGACGAAGUCAACAGGAUGAUGAGGAACACACCCGAUGGCACAUUCUUGGUCCGAGAUGCUUCUAGCAAGGUCAAGGGGGAAUACACCUUAACACUGAGGAAAGAUGGCUCCAAUAGACUGAUAAAGAUCUUCCAUCAUGGUGGAAAGUACGGCUUCUCUGAGCCAUUGACUUUCAUUUCAGUCGUGGAGCUUAUUCAGUACUACCAGGACAAGUCACUGGCCCAGUACAACUCUAAACUAGAUACGCGGCUGCUGUUUCCCAUCUCCAAAUAUCUGCAGCACGUUGUGAUGGAGGUUGGCAUGGAUGCAGUCGGAGAACGGCUCAAGUUAUUUCAGGACCAUUAUGAAGAGAAGAGCAAAGAGUAUGACCGUCUCUAUAAGGAGCUCAACCAAACAUCACAGGAAUUACAGACUAAACGGAUGGCCAUUGAGGCUUUCAGUGAAAUCAUUCGGAUUUUUGAAGAGGAGUGUGAAACCCAAGAGCGCUACAGCAAGGAAUACAUUGACAUGUUCCUAAAAUUAGACAACAGUACAGAAACUGACAAGAUUCAGAAUAACUCUGAUGAGCUGCAAUCAAGGGUGGAGGAGAUACACAACAGCAAAAUGAUGUUGGAAAAUGAAUUGAGAAGCAAGGUGCUGGCCCACAUGGAAGUUGACAGAAGAAUAAAUCACCUGAAGCCAGACCUCGUGCAGCUCAAGAAAAUCAGAGAUCAGUAUUUGAUCUGGCUCUCACAGCAAGGAACCAGGCAGAGCCAAAUUAAUGACUGGCUUGGUGUAAGAAAUGAAGAAGACGACGCUCCACUUUUUGUUAGCCCAUACACCCUAGCAGACGGUACCCACCAUGAGGAGAGAACCUGGUAUGUUGGAAGUAUGACUCGAAAGGAGGCAGAGGAGCUGCUUAGAGGCAGAAGGGACGGCACUUUCCUCAUCAGAGAUAGCCAAAGUCAGAAAGGAUCCUACGCCUGCUCUGUAGCCGUGGACGGGCACGUGAAGCACUGUGUGAUCAACAGGACAUCUACAGGCUAUGGCUUUGCUGAGCCAUAUAACCUGUACUCAUCACUCAAAGAGCUGGUGCUCCACUAUCAGCACACAUCCCUGAUCCAACACAACCAGCAGCUGAAUGUAACCCUGGCCUGGCCUGCUCUCAGCCAGCAGCCCAGCUGAGAAACCACCAGCAUGCCACACUGAUAGCACUUUCUCGAUGUUUCACUAUAUCAGCACUCAGAAGAACAACAAAACAGGAAGGACACUGUUAACCAGCUCAAACUGAAAAAGUGUUGAGAAUUUUAGCGCUUAUUUUUUUAUAACCAACACUAUUUAUUAUCAUUUAUCCUACAAAAGCAUGAUGAUACCUCCUUUUGGUUGUUUUUUUUUUUAGAACAAUCUCAUGUCUGUAAUGUUUUUCUUGUUAGGCAACAAAAAAUAGAAAAUUAUAUUUGAGACCAAGAUUUUUUAGUGCAUUAACUAUGAAACCUCACGUGCUGUGACAGUAUGAUAGAUGCCCACAGUAUGUUUAACAUUGCUUUGACAGUCAGUUAUUCCAUGAGGAGAUUUUUAUUGAAGCCAAUUUGCUGGCAGACCCAAUGACAAUGUAAACAAUCGGUACAUUUGUAAUUAGUGAUUCUCUUUACUCAGGAUGUCCCGAUCAUCCGUAAGUGAGAUCGGCCGAUACCAAUCACAUGUAUUACCCUUAAAUAUUUUAUUUAUUUAUGUUGAGUGCUAUUGACAGUUUAAGAAUAUCAACACAAUAUUUAAACAAGUUCCUUAUUCUCUUUCUUGGUGUGUUCAGCCUCGUCCUUCGUGGAUAAUGAUACUUAGACACUUAUGAUAUAAAGAAAUGAAGCUUAUUUGCAGUAAUGGGGGUAGUUAUUACCUUAGAUGGAGCUGCUCCACAUUGUGUAUGGAAACACAUAAUUAGCGGUUAGCUACAGCGUCAGCCAGAGGGGCUCAACAUUUUAGAUCAGCAAUAAAAUGCACUGAUCGGCAUUGGCGAUCACAUACUUUUCACAAAAAUCGGCCGAUACUGAUUGGUGGCCUAUCGAUUGGCACAUACCUACACUUAAGUAUUGGUAAUGGUGUUUAAGCAGCUAUUACAGUGGUACCUCGGUUUUCGUUAAAACCCAAUUUUUUUGUAUGAUUCAGUUUGACAAUUGUUUUUUGCCAAAAAUGUUCUUAGAACGUCAAAAGCGUUGGUGACACUGUAGCCCUGCUUUUCACUUUUGGACUUAAAAUCACUGCAAAAAAGUUGCAAAUGACAGCACCUUGAAAAAGUAGAUAAGAAACUUUAUUGAAUUGAAGACAGAAAUUGUGGCAAAGUAUGAAGGUGGCAUUUGUAUUGCUUACCCUCCCUCCUCUUUCUCUGCACUUUGCCAUCUUCACCCUUAGUAAAGGUAAAAGGGAUUAAUUCAUUAAUUUAUAUAUAUUUAGUGUAUAUUUAUUUUAUAAUGCAAAUAUAUAUUUGCAUUGUUUUCUGCAUGUACAGUAAAAAGGGGAUUCAUAUGGGCCCCAUUUGUCGCGGGUUACCUGACACAUGAAACGUGACAAAUUGGGGAUGUGCACUAUCCACUUUAGCCGCCAGAGGGCAGUAGAGUGUUGAAUAUCUUAAAUGCGUUUUGUGGCAAUUCCAACUUUGACCACAGCAUCAGUUGCUAUGUAUAGAGUGGCACUUUACAUCAUUUUUAAGCAGACUGCAUGGCAAAAUGAUUAACCCCCCACUAGGGCUGGGCGGUAUACCGGUAUUACAAUUAACGAUUUUACAGUUAAUA